AUGGCGUUGAGACUGGGAACGUUAAAAUGCGCUGCUGAAGGCAACAACGGGUUUAGGUUAGGAACGAAGAGGUGGGCCCAUGUCGCAUCCAUGGCUUCGCCGUUGGAUGGCGCCUUAGAAAGCUCGAUUGCGUCUCCACAAUUCAUCCUUCCCGAGUUCGAUGCAAACCAAGACACCAGCGACAACGGUAGCGAUUUCGGGUUCAGGUUGCCGGGUUUUUCUGUUGUUGGGUCUAUGGAACUUAUGGCUGUUCCUAAAAGGAAGACUACUCCCCAUAAGAGAGGUCAUACGAAAUGGGCCAAAGGCAUUGAAACCUACACCAGUGAUUAUUCGCUGCAAAGACGCGAGUCACGAAAUACGCGUGUCACGUCAUUAGCGGAAACCAUGCUACGUCGCACCGAGAUAAUAACAGAUACAUGGUUGCUGGAACAAAGCCUCUGUCUCCACCGAGUCGUAAUUCGUUUCAGCCAAUCUACUGAUGGUGCGUCAAUCCAAAUGCCAAUUGUAAAACGAAAUCACGAGUAUAAUUGGUGA